UCAAUAAAUGGGAACAACAACAAAAAAUGCCCAAUCAUCGUUUUAUCAAUAAUUCUAGUGAUAAUAAUAAUCGAAUUUUAAAUUUUAUGACACCGAAUGCAAUUCUACAUCGUCCCGGUCCUAAUACGGUGAAAUUGAUGGAACUUCUUGAAAAGCGUGAUUGUAUUCUUGAACUCUCAAAUGGACAACGUAAAUACGGUAAACAACAAUGUCAGUUUAAUAAUGAUCAAUUACCUGGUCGGAAUACGGAAAUAUUUGUGGGAAAAAUACCAAAAAAUGUGUUUGAAGAUGAAAUCGUACCAUUGUUCGAACAGAUUGGACAAAUUUAUAGUCUACGUUUGAUGAUGGAUCCAACGACAGGUCAAUCACGUGGUUAUGCAUUCAUAACGUAUUUUCAAUCAGAACAAGCAAACGCUGCUGUCGAAAAGUUUGAUAAAUAUGAAUUGCCGGUUCAUGGUACACGAUUAAAAGUGAAAAUGUCCAUUCCAAAUGUUCGUCUAUUUAUCGGAAAUAUUUCGAAAGAAAUGACCAAGGAUGAUAUACAAUAUGAAUUUCAAAAAAUUACAGCUGGUUUAAUCGAUGUUAUUGUAUAUCAUUCACCAAAUGAUCGUAAACGUAAUCGAGGUUUCUGUUUUCUUGAAUAUGAAUCACAUAAACAUGCAUCACAAGCUAAACGUAAAUUACAAUUACAUCGUACAAAAAUAUGGGAUACCGAUAUUUGGAUUGAUUGGGCUGAACCAUUGGAACAACCGGAUGAAGAGAUAAUGUCUCAAAUAAAAGUCCUUUAUGUUCGUAAUCUAACAUUAGAAAUGACCAAUUAUUCUAUAUGGGAAAUGUUUGAAAAAUUUGGUCCACUUGAGAGAGUGAAAAAAAUCAAAGAUUAUGCAUUUGUACAUUUUGAACAUCGAAAUUGUGCCAUUGAAGCAAUGAAACAGAUGAAUGGUUAUCUAAUAAUGCCCGAAGGAUUAAAAUUGGAGAUAUCAUUAGCUAAACCACCGACAGAUAAGAGGCGGAAAGAGGAAAUUCUUCGCAAUCGCGAAAAACGUAUGAUGGUGAACAUGAUGAUGAGAAAUUGUAACAAUAACAAUCAACCGAAUGAUAAUUACAAUAAUAACAUCCCCAACAAUCAUCCUGGAGCGUUACAAACCAUGACAUUCAUACAGCCAACGACAAUACCUAUUGGAACGAAUGGUUCUGCUCCAAUUCUAUUGAAUUCUUGUUCUACAUUACCUUCCAUUGUUGUUGAAACUUGUCUUGCAUCAUCAUCAACAUCAAAAUCGACAGAAUCAACGUUGAAUCCUACACUUCCAUUAACAAUACCAACAACAUCAGCUCAUCAUUUAACAACGGCUACUUGUAUACCGAAUGGUUAUUUGGUUGGAUAUUCACCACCAACAUCUCAUAAUAAUAAUCAUCAUCAUUAUACAUUAUACCAACCAUCAUUACCACGAUCGACGGUUGCUCGUGUAACAUUAGCAUCACCAAUUAAUGAAAAUAUUUCCCCAUCAGAACAUCGACCAACAAUUUUGAAUGGUCAUCAUUUCAAAUCGGAAAUGUUGGACAUUUAUAAUCAAAGAAGAAAUUAUUCCAUUUACGAUAAUUGUGCAUGGUGUGCUGAAUCAACAUUAUCAACAUCAUCAUCAUUAUCAUCAAUUCAUCAAUCAAAUUAUUAUCCAUUGAUUCCACCAACUAUAGAUCAAUCUUUUUAUGGAAAAAUGAAUCCAAACAAUGAUUAUGGUCAACCAUCAUCAUCAACAAUAACAUCAUCGAUUCUUACUAUUGAUAAUGACUUCAUUAAAGCACCAAAAAAUACAACAAAAUCUAAUAAAUAAGAUAUUACAAAAAUUUAUGUAUCGACAUUAAUUGUUUGCAUGCAUAUAAAAACAAAAUCUCAUUUGCCAUAAAUGUCAAUAAA